CAGAUAUUAACAUGACUCCGGCAUCACAUUCUGGCCAACAUUCGGGGAACAUUUCAUCCAUUACACCUCCCAGCAUGAUGACAACUGAGUCCUCUGGACACAUUAACAUGACUCCAGCACCAUAUUCUGGCCAACACUCAUGGAACAUUUCGCCCAUAACACCUCCCAGGUUGAUGCCAAGUGGAUCCUCUGGGCAUUUCCUUCCAGAUAUUAACAUGACUCCGGCAACACAUUCUGGCCAACAUUCAUGGAACAUUUCGCCCAUAACACCUCCCAGGUUGAUGCCAAGUGGAUCCUCUGGGCAUUUCCUUCCAGAUAUUAACAUGACUCCGGCAACCCAUUCUGGCCAACAUUCGGGGAACAUUUCAUCCAUUACACCUCCCAGCAUGAUGACAACUGAGUCCUCUGGACACAUUAACAUGACUCCAGCACCAUAUUCUGGCCAACACUCAUGGAACAUUUCACCCAUAACACCUCCCAGUAUGAUGCCAAGUGGAUCCUCUGGGCACUUCCUUCCAGAUAUUAACUUGACUCCGGCAACACAUUCUGGCCAACAUUCGUGGAACAUUUCGCCCAUAACACCUCCCAGGUUGAUGCCAAGUGGAUCCUCUGGGCACUUCCUUCCAGAUAUUAACAUGACUCCGGAAACAGAUUCUGGCCAACAUUCGGGGAACAUUUCAUCCAUAACACCUCCCAGCAUGAUGACAACCGGGUCCUCUGGACACAUUCCUCCAGAUAUUAACAUGACUCAAGAACCACAUUCUGGCAAACAUUCAUCGAACAUUUCGCCCAUAACACCUCCCAGGUUGAUGCCAAGUGGAUCCUCUGGGCAUUUCCUUCCAGAUAUUAACAUGACUCCGGCAACACAUUCUGGCCAACAUUCAGGGAACAUUUCGUCCAUAACACCUCCCAGCAUGAUGACAGGUGGAUCAUCUGGGCAUUUAAUUUCUGGGAACAACGAGAAUCCGUGUUAGUGAGCGUGGAAGAAACAAGGCUCCUUGGUCUCCGCUUCAAUCCAGGCAUCAAAACCAAUAGAGGAAUGGAUAUUUAGCGUCCAGCGCUCCAAAGAUUAACAUUAACACUGUAGCACAUUUUGGCCAACAUUCAGGGAACAUUUCCUCCAUAAAUCCUUUCAGCAUGAUACCAAGUGGAUCCUCUAGCGCUUUAGGUAUUAUUGUGAGCACAGGAGAUGUUUCCCCGAUGUCGGAUAUUGCACAGUCUCAUGUCGACAGAAUCACAUAAGAUCGCGACUUUAGGGACUCGACUGGGACUCAAAAUAUUAGCAUGAGUCCGACUGUAUGUUACUCAGGGUGAAGGAAACUACUCGAUCAUCUCAAGAGCACGCCCAUCUGAAAUUGUCUCAACUUGGGCCCCAAAUGUUAUUGGCACAUCUCUUUCAUGUUAUGACAUUUCAACAUGUGGAAAAUGGCGAAUUGCACCCCGACAUGUGACCGCUGCUUCUGGAAGAUGGGCGUCAUCUCGUCCAGUAAAGAAGUCAACUGUUCUCGUAUUAUUAGCAGACGAUGAAGUGCCGAGCUCAGGAACUUCAAGGACGACCACGGCGAGCGUUUUACUUUCAGAAGCGACGAUAAGCGGAGUUACGAGAUGAAUUGACACAUGAAAGGACCAACAUUCAAAUAGCUCGCCAGAAAAUUAUGCUAAUAACUGAAGGAUAUCCAAAUGCUGAGGGAUACAUGCCGGAGGAGGACCAAGAGGACUGAGAUACAUAUCCACAAGACAAUGAAGUCCAAACUUCAUGUCCACAUGAUGAAUGUAACAAAUAUGAACUUCGUCCCAACUUCAAAGGAUCCAUUAACAUAUAGUACACGUAUUUCCGAAAGUUUCAUUAAAUAAUACAGCUGCUGAUUUAUACAGGUCAUCUGGUGUUGUGAGGGCAGUGAAGUUUAAUAGGUUAUGAAGAUCAGCUGGAAACACAAGGAUCUCAUAAACAAAAUUCAUGGCGGAAGUUCCGGUUCCGGGGUUUCAGACAUUUUGGGCUAACAAACGAACAUCUCUUCAGUCGGAUUACCACAUACUCAGAGAAUGUUAUCCCGACGCAGACACCCAAUACAGAUUCAAAGUUUUAUGUGACAUUGAGGAUGUGACUGGGUAAACACCUGCUGUUGUCGGAGAGCGUACAGAAUGAACGGCAGUAGUCGAAGCUGCGGAAGAAAACAGGGCUAGCUAUUGCCAGGUCUUUCCGGAAAAGCACUCUUCAGUGCACUGUAUGACACAUAUACAGUCAUAUUAAAUGAAUUAAAAGCAUUGUUGAAGGCCAGCACCAGUGCAGACAAGAGCACCAUACCACAAGCCACGAAACAGCCUACUCAAGAGCAAGGUUUCCAAGAAUUUCGAAGGCGCAAACGACACAGCAGCAACAAGACGACCCGAACUUCAAAGAAACCAGUGGAGACGGCACUAUCUGUCGCAGUAAACACCAACCCCAAGUCGGUGGCCACCAGAAAAUUCUUUGACCUUCUUGGAACAUCCAGCAUGAACACAGAUUCUUUCGGCAAGGAGGCGAGUCCCCAAGAAGAGGCAACUUGUGGUGAAACACGUAGGCUGUCCCCAUUAGUGAUAACUGUCGCAACAAACCUGAUACAGUUAUAAAAGGUCAUUAAGAGUGUGGUAAAAAAAGACUUUAAGUUCCGAAACACCAGGAACGGAACCAAGGUAUUCACUAAAAUCUUGGAGGAUAUUCUGCAGUCAAGUCCCACCUUGAUACCCAAAGCGUUCCUUAAUUUACCUUUACACUAAGUCCCUAAAACCCAUCAAGGCCGUAAUACGCCACUUCCAUAUGGACACCCCAGCACAAGACAUCUCUGAUGGACUGGUGGACCUAUGCUUCGACAUUAUCAGCGUCAAGCAAAUGUUAACCACUCGUCGGUCAUUGUCCGAAGGAAUAAAAAAAAAAAAAGAAGCCUACUCCUCUUCCUCAUUACCUUGCCUAGAACAGCAAAGUCCCAAGAGAUAUUUCAACUGACAGCCCUCUGCCACAUUUCCAUUAGGGUAGAGCAGUUUUCUCCCGACCUUUUGAAGCCCAAGGACCAGUAAGACAUCUGAAAAUUCUACUGACCACUAAGUUAUGUAGUCCUAUUUUUUAAACUUAUGUGGUAUUAUCAAUAUUCGGGAC